CGAACCGCUGGCAACUUCAAUCAUGGGGCGGGCGUCGAACCGCAAGGCAACGAGUCCCUCUGUGGUUCUUAACGCCACCCGCGCCAAGCGACUUUCGCAGCCGCUGCACCCGGCCCUGCCGACGCUAACAGUGACGAGCGUCCUUGCCGAAGUCGAUGUACACUUGAUGCGCAGCACGAUGACCGCCACUCGCGCCGCGACAGCCCCCGCGACUCCGCGCGGGACGCCCCGGCAGCCGACGACGCCCCGGCAGCCAUCGCGGCCCCCAAUGGUGCAUCCGGCGCCGUCGAAGAAGAUCGUAGCCCGCACAUUGCCCCGCACCGAGACCGAGCUGGCCAUCAUGGCUUUUCAGCAUUUGUUUGUGGACCCGCCGGUGGAAAUGGAAGGUCGACCGAGCACGCCUCGGCCCGACGACGAGAAGCGAUUUGCGACCGUUGCCUCGUUCGUGCCCCCCAAGACGUCUCAGGACGAGCCAUCAUCCAUUGGCGGCUGGAGCAUCAAGGACAUGCAGCACAACUAUGGCUGGGGUGGCAAGCAGCAAUUUAUGGCCCGCCUACGCCAGGUCGACAUGACCUCCAAGGCAUCCGCGGCGCCGCGCACGGCUGCCACGACCAAGGUCGACGCCGACGCGGACCACAUCACAGAUGACAACAUCAAGUGCGCCGACGACUAUAUCCGAACGUGCUUACAGCAGCACUUGGUGCCCGAGCCGUUCAUUAUCCCCAAGCGCGAAGCCUGUGCGAUCAACUUGGCAUAUUACGGCGCUGGAAAUCGACCGAUGGAAGCCCUCUCCAGCUGCCUUGGCUCGAUCCCCAAGCUGCAAUCGCUCAUCGUCCGCGAGAACCGUCUCUCGGAUAUCGCUGUCGCCAACGUGGUCAAGAGCUCGGACUUUCCGCGACUCUUGACGCUCAACGUGUCCAACAACCAAGUCAAAAAGGCAACGGUUGCUGCGCUCAGCAUCUAUCUCAAUGCCCACCACGUCCUCCAAACACUCGUUCUCUCGGACUGCGGGCUCUCGCUGGAGGCUCUCACGACCCUCGGACCCGUCCUCGGGCGCAGCCGCAGCCUCACCGCGCUGGAUGUCAGUAAAAACAAGCUCGGCGAUGCGUGCGCCGACGCGCUGGGUGCCAUGGUGCGCGCCAACAGCACGCUGACGCUGCUCGAUCUGUCCUGGAACUGUCUCCGCGCAAGGACAGGUGCGGCACUCGCCCACGCACUCGCAACCAAUACGACGCUGGAAACCCUGCAGCUGGCGUGGAAUGGCCUUGGGAGCGGCGGCGGUGCCAACGCGAUAGCGCUUUCUUUGCGUCACAACAAGACGCUACACACGCUGGACCUCACGGGCAACUCGCUGGGCGCGCUGAGUGCAUUGAGUUUGGUCCGCGCGUGGGCCGACUCGACGUCGCUCGAGAUUCUAUGCAUUGCGCAGAACCCCAUUGGCACGGAAGGGCUGCGCGCCGUCUUUCGCGCGUACAGCGAUCCGCUCUCGAUGACCCAAGGCCGCACCGUGCAGUUCGACGACUGCGGCUUGCAUACCGAGCCGGCACGCUUCACGCCUGUGCACCUCGGCCACGUGACAAUUGAUUUGGACCAUGCGGACUCGUUCUGGCACGGGUUCGAGUACCUCUGGCUCCUGAAUUUGUACCCGUCGGCGGCGUCGUGGCGCGAUGUACAGCACCAGCUGCCACCCUACACCACCACAACGAGCAGCACCAAGCUCAUUUUUGGCCGCAUCGAGCGCGCGACUUGUGGCAGCCAUGGAGCCGAGACGACGAUCCAGCAGCUGCUUGCGCUGGACGGCACCGAGACGCCGUGGCGUCUUCCCCUUCACGGUCGGCUACGCUUUGAGUUUGCGUACAAGCCGCAGGUGCCAUACGUGACAGAGAUUGCCCCGGAUGCCGUCACGGUGUUUUGGCAAGCCUUCUCGGCGCUCGAGUUUGACUCGGACCGCGCCAAGUACAUCCAGCACUUUUUACACGACCACUACAUCACGGCGUCCCAAGCGCAGUACCUUCUCGGAGCCAUGACUGCCGCGGAGGCCCACGCCCUUGUCGCGCCCUUACUAUUGCAGCGGGUCGUUGACACGGCCGAGCUCUUCCACCGCGCACGACACAUUCGACACCAGACGGUGCUGAAAGAACGGGCAGGCAAACUUCUCUUCUUUGACCCACGGCUUCCCAACGGACGUUACGCGCUCGACUUGGCCUUGUCCGUCGACAGGCGAUUGGCAAUGACGCUAGUGCGGCUCUCGGCAGACGACCGCCUCGAGAACAAGAAGACGGUCGGCCUCAACACGAGUCAGAACGGGAACUGGGAGUGUUUUCGCAACGAAACACUGGAUGGCGCCCCAUACAGUGUUUCCCGCGCCCAGGGCCUGCCGUCUUUCGGCACGUUUGCGUUCGACUUUGUCGUGACGACGCGGAUCCCGCGUGGCAGUGCCGCGAUUCCAGAUGACAUGCUGGAUCAACUCUGUUUGAGUGUCACGACCCACGCGUCGGCUCCGGCCGCCCCCGAGAAGACGCCGACACACGUCAAGGUUCACGGGAAGAAAGCGGUGCCGGUUGUCCAACCACCCAGACCAGUGGUCCACCCCCAGCAUCCCGACACGGGCUUGGAGCACCGCAAGCUCGCGGUGCGGCACACGUUUUCAGAAGCCACGUUUGGCAUAUCUUCGACGCAGUUGGUGCGCCUCGCCAACUGCUUUCAUGACGUGGCGUUCGGGCCCGUCGAGAUUGUGGCCAUGCUACUCAACCGCGUUCUGGAUCUCGACGACUUGCUCGUGACGCUGGCAGCCGACUGGACACGCGAGAGUGUCAUGGAAGCCAUCCACCGCAUUGGCUGGCUCAAUUUAUGGAACCCCAUGUUUGCCGAAAUGGAAUACCACUUGAAUUUGAGCGUAUGGGAAGAGUUCCAAGUCACGUUCAUGCUGGCGCAGCUCGGUGACAUUGAACCGGGCGAAAACUGGGUCGACGAGCGCUUCAACGAUCAGUAUGGGUGGGAGCUGCCGCUGAGCUGGGUCCAAGGACGUAUCCCGCACACGGGCGACCUCUUCUUGCGCUACACGACCGGUGCCACCUUCAAGAACCGCGUCAACGCCGCGCGCGAAGACAUGAAGAAGCGCGUGCUCUGUGGCAAGCCGCGCAAGGUCCUUGCUUCAAAAGACAAUGACGGCAGUCGCUACGCCGUCUUUGCACCGACCGUGGCCCCCGCCACGCCGCGGCGACAGAGUAUCAUGCGCGCCGCGUUCUAG